CCCCGGGAGCUCCACUGAUGCUGCUGGACUUCCCCCCCGGCCAGGAGGAUCCCAUUAAGGAUGGCUUGCACCAGCACGACCUCGUUGUCGCCAUUGCCACGACGGACGCAUGCGGCUGUGCCAGCUACGUGCUGACCCACGAUGUGAUGGGAUGGGUCAGGGACACGACUUCGGCUCACGAGAACCGCCUGAUGCAG